AUGGCUAGCCCACCCUCUUGUGUCAAAGUCGUGGGUUCUAUAAACUGGGACAUUAUCAACCGGAUUGAAUCACACCACGGAAAUUGGCAACAUGCUUCUUUCCCACACACAGCUGGUAUAGAUCCGUGUCCGGGAGGGCAUGGCGUCAACCAGGCGACAGCCGUUUAUCGAGCCAGCCAUUCCAGACCAUCUGAAUCUUCCAGCCAUUACAACGCUGCCGAUCCCAUUGGAGACGUUCAAGUCCACAUGAUUGGCAUGAUUGGUGAAGAUGAAGACAAUAGGGGCCAGAAGAUUAUAAAUGCAUUGGCGGACAACAGCGUCAACGUUGAGGGAGUACACCUGGCAAAAGGAGUCCGAAAUGGAUAUGCCCAUAUCUACGUUGAUAUGCAGGGAACACCCAGAAUUACUAAUGAUCCUCUGGCGAACGGUUAUUUGACAUGGGAUCUGGUGGAGAAAGAGCUUGACAAGAGCCCCCCUGCGGACCUCAUAAUGGUUCAGUUGGAGAUCCCUCAAGACACUGUCGAGAGAACCAUUGACUAUGCAAACAAAAAGCAGAUCCCAAUCAUAUUCAACUCUGCUCCAGUCUCCACUCGUGCCAGCAAUCUUUAUAAACAUCCCCAGAUAUUCCAAGUCGAUCAUCUCAUUCUAAACCACCAUUGCGUCAAAGCGAUCUGCGAGAUAAGGGCACCAAGGAAUGGAUUCGCCCUCGAUGAUGGCAUGACAUCUAUUACGGACAUACAGGCAUUAUACUCCAAGUAUUGCGAUGACUUUCAUCGACAAGGUGCACGUUGUGUGGUCAUCACGCUUGGUCACCGUGGUGUACUUGCUUCUUACUUGGAACCACCAGACGCAAACGACAAUAGUGGUCAGCGCACCUUUUUCUAUCCUGCUACGAAACGGUCUGAAGAGCUUGUAGACGAGACUGGGGCAAGUGACGCAUUCAUUGCUAUAAAAGCCCCGAGCAUAGCUGUGUAUCUAUAUCAAAUCAAUACAAGAUCGGACUUUGUUGUGUUUGUGGUUACAACAACUAUAAACGAUGUCCAAAUCGUAAAAAGCACAAAAAUACACGCACGUCCCGUUCUACUCUGA